ACUGUUUGGCAAAGAAGCCAAGACGAUCAGAGCACGAAUCUCAUAAUCAAAAUCAAUUUUUACAGACGACAAUUGAUUUGUGAUUGUAUUAAAUUCAUUUAGAUGUUGUGCUACUGAUGCAUUCUCUGCCAUCUUCAAAUUGAACAAUUUCUUCAUCAAAUGCACCUUAUUGUUUGCGGACGACUUUUCAUACAUACCGGACAAAGCCUUCAUCAUAUCUGCUGUGGUCUUCUCCUUUACAACAUUGUGUGCAACAGACCUAGACAAAGUUAACCUAAUAACUCCUAGAACCUGUCUGUCAAGAGGCGUCCAUUCCUCAGCCUUCAUACUCUCAGGUUUUGUCUAUAAAAGAGGUAGAUGCAAUUUCCUCCCAUAGAGAUAAUCUUCAAUCUGCAUCCUUCAAUACGCAAAGUCUGUGCCAUCAAACUUUUCUAUUCCAGACGCCUUUCCUGCUUCCUCUACCAUUGCUCUCACUCAAACCUAACCUUAGGCUUUGAUACCAGUUGAAGGGAAUUAAGUCGAAUUCCCAACCUGUGAGAAACAAAAAAUAGAGAAAACACACGCCAAAGAAAAACAAUCACACGCACAAGACAGUAUUUACGUGAUUCGGCAAUUUGCCUACGUCCACGGAGUUGUAGAGAUAUCAUUAUUAUCAGGGAAGAAUACAUAGUACAACUAUCGGCUACAAUAUUUUUCUCUCUAUAUAUAAAACAGCAACCACACCACACUAAAAAAAUCCUAAUUACAAAAGGCGGUUCCACAAUUGGCUAAACGGGCCUAUCGGCUCAAGCCUUCGCUCCAUAGACUAAGCCUCAGUAAAUCUCCCAUUAAAAAACCAUGCAAUAUUGUUCGGGUCAAGUCGUCAAACCGGAUCAAACAAAACUAGGCUCCACAAAGCCCAACAUCUAAGACGCUCCUCUCCUCGUGUAGAAGAACGUGUCAUUGUGAGCCUUACAGAGGAGGCAGAUAAGCUAGUGAUGCAGCUCAUCGUAGGAGACCAAAGGCACCGCGUGAUUUCUUUGGUAGGAAUGGGCGGCAUAGGCAAAACCACCCUUGCCAAAAAGGUCUAUAAUCAUGAAAAAAAUUGUGGAACACUUUCCAAAUUAUCGUGCCUGGAUUUAUGUAUCCCAAGAUUGUAGACCUAGAGAGGUUUAUAUGCAAAUUAUUAACUAGGUUUCUGGACUAACUAAAGAGCAAGCAGAAAUGAUAGAGAAGUAUGGAGAGAAUGAGUUGGGGGAUUUCCUUCAUGAUGAUUUGAAGGAGAAAAGAUAUUUGAUAGUUCUGGAUGGUGUAUGGAGCUGUGCCGAUUGGGAUUUUCUUGCAAUAGUGAGCAGUAACGAUCCUAAUUGCCUUGGAAAUGUUUUUCUCGAUGGGAGUAACGAUAGCAGAUUACUUCUUACAACUCGAUAUAAGGAUGUUGCUUUGCAUGUAGAUGCUCGAACUAUUCCCUAUGAAAUGCGGCUUCUUUCGAAACAAUAGAGCUGGGACUUGUUUUGUCGAAAGGUGUUCCUUGAUGCUGAUAGAGAGAGGUAUCCUCCAGAUUUGAAGGAACUUGGGGAAGAGAUGGUGGACAAAUGUAAAGGUUUGCCAUUGGCCAUCGUUGUAUUGAGGGGUUUGUUGUCAAGAAAUAUGUCACAUACAGAAUGGAAGCAGGUGCACGAUAACAUUAGUGCAUACCUUGCUAAAGAAGGCGAAAUGGGAGUAAUGGCAAUGCUAAACCUGAGCUACAUCGACUUGCCCCAUUACUUGAAACCGUGCUUUCUUCAUUUAAGCCUCUUCCCAGAAGAUUAUGUGAUCUCCUCAAGAAAACUGCUCCUUUUAUGGACUGCUGAGGGUUUUGUGCUUGAACAAGAUGACCAAAGAAUGAAAUAUGUGGCUGAGGUUUACUUGAAUGAGUUAAUCAAUAGAAAAUGGAUUCAAGUAGUGAGAAUGAGUGUUAACGCAAAGGUUAUGGAAUGUCGGGUUCAUGACCUUGUACGAGAGUUGGCUAUUGAAAAGGCAAAAGAACAAAACUUCAUUGGAACUAAUAUUGCAGAUCCUCCACCCUCCUCCACCAGUUCAUCUCUCUUUUCAUCUAAAUCCCGUCGACGAAGUAUUUAUUCUGACUUUGAGAGAAUCUUUAUAAAUGGUGAGAUUGGAGGUCAAUUUUACCGCGAAAAAGGUAUGCCUGGAAGUUUGGAAUUCACUUUUACCCUGGAUUAUUGUUGGGGUGUAUAAAUGCAUGUUUUGUUCCUUUACUUGAAUGUGAUUUCUACCAAGCCAGCCUAGUAAUUCAUGGCCAAGUAUUAUUCCUUAUUCUUCUGCAUAACAAUUAGUGACGCCAGAGAGAAGCCAAGAUCUUUUCACUGAAAUUUCU